AUGGUUGCUCUCGACAUUGUCCGCGCUCACAACGCCUCGCUCAAAACCCUACCACCGAAUCUAGUCGCAGUAUUCGUCGGAGGCACAAGCGGGAUAGGCUUCUUCACUGCUCGCGAAUUCGUCCGCACGACCAUAUCCCCACAUGUAUAUCUGAUCGGCCGCAACGCGACAGAAGCCAGCAAGAUUAUGGAUGAGCUCAACUCGAUCAACAGCUCAUCCCAGGUUAGCUUCAUCCAAAAGGACAUCUCGCUCUUGAAGAAUGUGGACGAGGCAUGUAGUGAGAUCAAGAGCAAGGAGAAGCAAGUCAAUGUGCUGUUUAUGACGUGCGGAUACCUCACGAUGAAAGGAAGAGACGAGACAGCCGAGGGUCUGGACAGGAAGAUGGCUGUGCAAUACUACGCACGAAUGCGAUUCAUCUCUUAG